AUGACUGACAUCCAGGUGUCCUCUGUGAAGAUGACUGUGUCGCCAUUUGCCAGUGGCAUCCUGUGCCUGAUGAUGAUUUGGGCUGUGUUCGCAUGUGCACCUAAGAACUAUACUCUUUACGUUCAGAGGCUCCACUGUGACCGCUGUGUGGCCAUCAACACCACCGUUUGCAGUGGCUUCUGUUACUCCCAGGACACUAACCUGCGUGGCCAGAUGGGCAGAUGGCAGCCCUACCAACGGGGCUGUACAUAUCAGAUGUUGGCCUACCAGACUGCAGUGCUUCCUGGCUGCCAGCUGAAUGUGGAUUCUCUCUAUUCCUAUCCAGCUGCCCUCAGCUGUCACUGUGCUCGCUGUGACACAGCCAGCAGUGAUUGUAUCCACAAAGUAAAGGACAUCACCCGUGCUAAUACCUCCAGCUGUCUUGCGAAUCACACCUACGACCUUCAACUCCACUCUCACCAACCUCAAACCCAUCUCCACACUCACCUAGGAUCUAACUGA